UUGCUUUUACCCUUUUUCUUCUUUAUAAUUUUGUUUCACGAUGAUCGUUCUUCUUCGAUUUUACUAUAAUUGAGAUUUUUGAGACAGAGCAGUCUAGUGUUGUAAGUAUUUUAUCAACACGUCUCCUUCCCUUCCAAGCUCUCAAUAUCCCUUUUUUUAAGAUAUUCAACCACUGAUUUCGUCUAUUGAUGCGAUUGGUUAUUAUUUUGAAAAAUGGCACUGAAGAAUCCAGGUGACAGUAGAACAAGGAGUUGGGUUCAAAUAUUUAUCGUUUUUGGAUUAUGCUGUUUUUUCUACAUAUUAGGAGCUUGGCAAAGAAGUGGUUUCGGUAAAGGGGAUAGCAUAGCUUUAGAGAUAACUAAACACGGUGCCGAUUGCAAUAUAAUUCCUUCCUUGAACUUCGAAACCCAUCACGCCGGCGAUGUUGGCAACGCCGAUGAAUCUGAAAAGCCCAAAUCUUUUAAGCCAUGCCCUCCUCGUUACGUCGAUUACACGCCUUGCCAAGAUCAGAAGCGUGCCAUGACUUUCCCAAGGGACAACAUGGUGUACCGCGAGAGGCAUUGCCCCGGGGAGGAAGAAAAAUUGCAUUGUCUUGUUCCGGCACCGGAAGGAUACGUAACCCCGUUUCCUUGGCCCAAGAGUCGGGAUUAUGUGCCUUAUGCUAAUGCUCCCUAUAAGGCCUUGACGGUUGAGAAGGCGAUUCAGAAUUGGAUCCAAUAUGAGGGUAAUGUGUUUAGGUUCCCUGGUGGAGGAACGCAGUUCCCACAAGGGGCGGAUAAGUACAUCGAUCAGCUCACCGACGUGAUUCCGAUUACUAACGGGACGGUUAGGACCGCACUCGAUACCGGUUGUGGGGUUGCAAGUUGGGGGGCAUACCUUUGGAGUAGGAAUGUCCUUACCAUGUCAUUUGCACCAAGAGAUUCGCAUGAAGCACAGGUUCAAUUUUCUCUUGAAAGAGGUGUACCUGCUGUUAUUGGUGUCCUUGGGACUAUAAAGAUGCCAUAUCCAUCUAGAGCUUUUGAUAUGGCUCACUGUUCUCGUUGCUUGAUUCCAUGGGGAGCAAAUGAUGGGAUGUAUCUGAAGGAGGUUGAUCGUGUUCUUAGACCAGGUGGUUACUGGAUACUUUCAGGUCCACCAAUCAAUUGGAGGAACAAUUACAAAGCAUGGCAGCGUCCCAAGGAGGAACUUGAGGAGGAACAACAAAGGAUUGAGGAUGCCGCCAAACUCCUUUGCUGGGAAAAGAAGCAUGAGAAGGGUGAAAUCGCCAUUUGGCAAAAGAGAGUUAAUGACGGUUCUUGCCGCGGUAGACAAGAUGAUUCUCAAGUUAAUUUCUGCAAAGCCGGAGAGGCUAAUGAUGUCUGGUACAAGAAGAUGGAUGAGUGCAUUACUCCGUAUCCAGAUGUUAGUAGUCCCGAUGAAGUUGCUGGAGGGGAACUGAAGCCGUUCCCAGAGAGGCUAUAUGCUGUCCCUCCUAGGAUUGCUAGUGGAAGUGUACCUGGAGUUUCUGUUGAGACUUAUCAAGAGGACAAUAAUAUUUGGAAGAAACAUGUUAGUGCCUAUAAGAAAAUCAAUCGACUUAUAGACUCCGGGAGGUAUCGUAAUAUUUUGGAUAUGAAUGCUGGGAUGGGAGGAUUUGCAGCAGCUCUCGACUCUCCGAAAUUGUGGGUUAUGAAUGUGAUGCCAUCAGUAGCAGAGAAAGAGACCCUGGGUGUGAUAUAUGAGCGAGGAUUAAUUGGCAUAUAUCAUGACUGGUGUGAGGCUUUCUCCACAUACCCAAGGACAUAUGAUCUCAUACACGCACAUGGUCUAUUCAGUUUGUACAAGGACAAAUGUAAUAUAGAGGACAUUCUAUUGGAGAUGGACCGGAUUCUGCGUCCGGAAGGCGCAGUUAUAUUCCGUGAUGAAGUUGACGUUCUAAUUAAAGUGAAGAAGAUAACAGCAGGGAUGAGGUGGGACACUAAGAUGGUAGACCAUGAAGAUGGUCCCUUGGUCCCUGAGAAGGUAUUGGUUGCCGUUAAGCAAUACUGGACAGUAGGGGGAAACACGACAUACGUGGAGUGAGCGGAAGAGGAUGGUAAACUUAAACAGUGGCAAUGCACUCAUACAAGUAAGUUGGUGGCGUGAAUUUAUGAUUUCCGGUCUGAAUUUUUUUGCGAGCAGGGUAGUUUCAGUGUAGGAGGCUGAACUAUGGGAUCAGCCUGUGUUCAUUUGUAUUAAUUUAUUUACAGACAGCUAUGAAAGCUAUAACUCCAAAGUUCUAUGAUUCUUGAAUUAAUCCGGUUUUUUGUCAUAAUCAAAUUACCUCCUUUAAAUUUA